UCAUUUGUAUUGGUGAAAAAAAUGGUGAGUGACAAUUGUUUGUCUGUUGUUCUUAGAUGAACUGGAUUGUAGCUGUGGUUACUGUGUGCGUCUUCGUGCCCAGCGCCCACUGUCUGUCAACUCGAAUCGAAUGGUGUUAUAAUGAGCCAGGCUGCAAUCGGACGACUUGGGCAACCAUUGCUACUAAAUAUUGCAAUGGCAGCCGGCAGUCGCCCAUUAACAUCGUCUCAGCGUCUGCCCAAGUUGACUCCAAUCUGACUGCAUUCACCUUUCAUAACUACAGCAGCAAAUCCACCAUGAAAACGAUCAACAACACUGACUACACAGUCAAAGUCAUCCUCGACAGCGGUGUGAGGAUUUCAGGAGGAGGUCUGUCCGACGACUACGACAGCCUGCAGUUCCACUUCCACUGGGGUAAUGGCACCUCUGUCCCCGGCUCCGAGCACACCGUGGACGGCAAGCGCUAUCCCAUGGAGUUACACAUUGUAAACAUCAAGGCAUCCUAUAAUAGGAGCUUAGAUCAGGCUUCUGCAGACUCUACAGGAAUUGCUGCUCUCGGUUUCUUGAUUGAGGAAAUGUCGGGUAAUGCAACUGGCCAACCCGCAAGCUGGAACACCUUGAGCUCCUACCUGACAAACAUCUCAAACAGAGACGAAAAUGUUACAGUUGCACAUGGAAUUUCUCUGGAUGAUCUCCUGACCGGGGUGGAUCGCACCAAGUAUUACCGCUACCUUGGCUCCUUGACCACCCCCAAUUGCAGCGAGGCUGUGGUUUGGACUGUGUUUAAGGACACAAUAAAAGUCAGCAAAGACGUGAUUGACCUCUUCAGCAAAACGGUACGCAUCUCAGACAGCACAUCACCUUUUAUGAUCAAUGUCUACAGAAACACCCAGCCAGCGCAACGUGUCACAACACAGGCUGCCAGCUCUACCUCCAAAGCCUGCUACUCUCUGGUUCUGAUGGCUCUGAGCCUGGUUCUUGGGAGGAGUUAGGGCCAUGAAAGGUGGUGGUGUCUCAGCAACUUAUUGUGUUGCUGAUAAAUCUCUUUGCAAUGAAAAUACACUUUUUUGCCAUAAUUUACUUUAAAGUACUUGCAAUAUUAGCUCUAUGCAUUAAUACUGUUAACAUGUGAUGAUGGCUGCCUCGCUCUGAUGUGGUAGUCCAUCAUAAUGUUUCUGUAAACAAUUAUUUUUUAAUUAGUUUGAAUCAAUUGUAUGCAUGAUUGCAUCUCUAGAUUUAUGUUAGACAUGAUUCACACAAGAAUUUAGAACAUUGUAUUGAGAAUUGAAGCACAGCUCAUUGUCUGUUUCUGCACUGCCAAAGUUGCAUUCAGGUGCCUGAAAAAAUAUAUGCACAUGCACUAAGUUCACUGGGUGGUAAUGGGAGUUUAGAAUUAGCAAUGUAAUUUUGAGUGUGUAAGUAUUAAGUUGCGUUACAAUCUGCCGGCAUGUAUCUGUCUAGAGAGUUACAACUCAAGUCUGUACAAAUAAAUGUUGCAGAAUAGGAUUUUAUUUUCAAUUAGAUUAUUGUAUUUUUAUAUUCCCUUAUUUUGGACCCUGAUUUGCUUUUAUUUUUGUUCUCGUCAGUGCAGAUACUGUUAGCAAGUGAAAUGUAGCCAUGUUGCCAAGCGGAACACUCAUUCAGUGGGUGUAAUGAAGAUUGGACGUGUCAGUCAUUUGAAUGAACAACAUUAUUUAUUACAAUAAUAUAAGUUAAUGAU